AAACAUAAUACAGUGCAAACAAACCAAACCAACCACCCACAGAUAACAGUACAUACAAGCAAGCGUCGUCAGGCAGGCCGGGUCAAUAUCAAUACGGCAGGUAGGUACAGGGGGAGCAAGCGGAGAUGGGUCGGGGUCACAGGCCAGGUUCAGCAGGUAGCAAGCAGCGUGGUACAGAGGGUCAGGCAGAGGGAUGGUCAGGAGCGAGCCGGGAUCAGAGCAGGAGAAGUCAGCAGCGGUUCAGAUCAGGCAGGGUCAGCAAAGGAACAGAAACAGGAUGCAGGACAGAUACAGGGCCCAGGACAAACACAACACCAAGGCAGAGUCUGCAAGUCUGGCCAU